ACAAAUUUAUCUUCCAAGUUGUAGUUAUAUAUUGAUGGUCCCUAAAAGUCAGCUUCCUCUUCCGUUGUUCGGUUUGGUUUUUGCAAGUUUCUUGGUUUGUGUUGAUUUAAUUUAGUUAAUUUAACUACAAUCAUGGGUCGUGUUCGUACCAAAACAAUCAAAAAAGCUUCACGUGUUAUCAUUGAAAAAUACUACACUAGAUUAUCAUCGGAUUUCCAUACUAAUAAAAGAAUAUGUGAGGAAAUUGCUUUAAUUCCUAGCAAAAAACUUAGGAAUAAGAUUGCUGGUUUCGUUACACAUUUAAUUAAACGUAUCGAGAAAGGACCAGUCCGAGGAAUCAGUAUCAAGCUUCAAGAAGAAGAAAGAGAACGUCGUGACAAUUAUGUACCUGAAGUCUCUGAAAUUGAUUUAGAUGUUAUUGAAGCUGACCCAGAUACUAUGGAAAUGUUAAAGAUGAUGAGUAUGGAUACUAUUCCAAGACUUCAACAAACUAACCUUACUGUGUACAAAGGUUAAUAUAAAUAAUAAUAAUAAUAACUACAAUAACAACUGUACCGUCUAAUAUGGACAUAUACUUUUUUUGUGUCUUUAAGAUUCAUCUUGAUUAAAACUUUUGGACUUGAAA